GAGCACACGACGACACGCCUCCCGACGCCCCGAUCCCAACGCCAACCUCUAUGCCCAUCUGCAUUGAAUGCCGCUAUCCGCUUAAGACGCUAUACACCACUUACAGCAAGGCCGACGAUAGGGCUUCUGGCAAAGGCGUGCGCCUCACGCAAUGUCCGCGAUGCAAGCGCUUCGGCGAUAAAUACGUCGAGCAUGAUUUCGUAGUACUGUUCAUCGACCUCGUCUUGAUCAAGCCACAGGUGUAUAGGCAUCUCCUCUUCAAUCGCCUUGGUAGAGAAGACGACAGAUUCGACCCAUCCAUCAUCCGCCUCGGCAUCCUUCUCCUCCUUUUCGACGUCUACCUCACCUGGGCACGCAUAGAGAAGGCCUCGCCGAACCCUGCACCCUCCACCGACCCCAAUAGUCAAGACUUUAGCGAGGGCUCGACUUCGCUGCUGUCCACCCAGCCCUUGGUGCUGCAAUACUUGUUUUUCCUAGCUCUCUGCACGGCGCAGACACUCGCGUUCCAUUUGCCGAUACGGCUGCUGUGCAGGCAUGCGCCGCGCCUCUGGCUGCCCUCUUGGUUGCGUGGGAAAAACCUGUUUCCACCGUCGACGCACAGCCAGCCUUCCACCGGCGUGAGUGGGAAUGCGAGUACCGCGAACUCGGGGACCACUACUCCGACGGGCUCCGGUCGUCCUUCUACGGGACUGAUACCGCAUUAUCCGCAUCCCACGCCUCUUUCCACUGCUCUGCUUGUGUCGUCUUGCACAAAGCUCUUCCCGUUACUUCUUAUCAUAUGGGACUACGAUUUGCCUUCUUCAGCGUCAGCGGUUAGUUGGGCCGUCAUCGUGAAUAACGUAGCGGCGCUCGAGAUCCUCAUGGAUUGCGGCUACCUGAGGGCCGGACUUCUUGUUGGGGUUGGCGCGGCGGUGAGAGCCGUCGCGGGAGAAGCGGUUCUAAGCGCCGUAGGGCUGAGCGGCGGGACAGGUGGAUGGAGAGAAUUGGGAUGGGGGCUCUGGGAAAAAUGAGCCCAUGUGGUAUGGGAGCUUUCACCUAUUUAAAACUGGCUUGUUGUAAUGAGUCAAGAUAUCUGC